UUUUCAUUCUCAUAUUGCCCUCUUCUUCAAAACUCUCUUUCUCUCAACUACAAAAACGGCUUCAAACGGUCACCCCUCAUGAUUCUUAAACAAUAAUAAAAUAAAAAAUAAUAUAUCAAAAAUGGGUAAAUACAUGGGUCGGAACUCAAACACACUCGGCGACGUUUCAAUAAUGAACGGCGGCGUCCGUACACGUGCAAAAACCCUAGCUUUACAAAACGACACCGUUUCAUACAUUCAACUCCGUAGCCGUCGUCUUUUGAAACUAGCUGCAACGAAACGACAUCGUAUUCAACCAAAAAUGAAUAAAGAUUCAGCUGCUGCUGCAUCUCAGAAAGAUUUGGGGGUUGAUACCGAAGCUUCGUCUAUUGGUGAAAAUAUAGAUGAAAUUGAUAUUAAAGAAAGUGGCAGGAGCGCCCGAGAAACAACACCAUGCAAUUUAAUAAGAUCUCCUGAUACCAUAACUACUCCUGGUUCUUCUUCAAAGCGAACUUAUUCUACUAAUGUCAAUCACCAUGUCCAGAAUUCAGCACCGAGUCGCAUCCCUGCAACUGUUGAAAUGGAAGAGUUCUUCACCGAGCCUGAAAAGCAGCAGCAGCAACUUUUUAUUGAAAAGUACAACUUUGACCCUGUGAAGGAGAAGCCACUCCCAGGGCGUUUUGAAUGGGUGAAAGUGGAUGGUACCAGAAAUGUUAAUUAACCAGCCUGAUGGAAGUCAUUGUCUUUUGUGUUACCUUUUUAGUUAAUCUAAAAAUAUAGCCUAGUUGAAGAUAUUGGUAGAAAUGACCUUUGUUUCUAAUCUGUAAAGAAAGAAUUAGGAACCAUGAAAGACUUAGUUUAGUUGUAGAUUAAUGAUCUGUAACAUAAGAAAACAUACAGGUUUCUAACAGAUCAUUUACUAACAGGGAAAGAAGAUGGUGGUGGUUCAGUGACUCUAUAGCUUAGUUUAGUCCAUGUUGACCUUCAUUGUCUAUACUAUGUAUUGAUGGAAAAAGAUUGAAAACACCCCUCUCCCCUAAUAAUAAUAAUUUUAAUAUUACAA